AAAAAAAAAAGAAAAAUAUUUUUAAAAAGAUGCUACUGGAGGGCAUCUUUAUUUUUUUUUUAAUCUUAAAACAUACACUACUCAGCUUUCACAGUGUAUAGACUGCUGUGAAGUCUUUUACUUCGGUAAGACCUCAAAGUACGUGGCAAACCUAGAAAAUGUGUAAAAACCAAAUGGCCUAAUAUUUGUACAAUGAACCAUUUAACCUAUGGUGAACAGCAGAACAGUGCCUGUGAAACACCUGACUUCAGGAAUGUACCAGCCCUUAAAAAUCCUAACAGACAGCACUGGAAAUUUAAAGAGGAAGAGAGCCGAGUCGAUGAAAUGGGAAGGAAGAAGCGGUUUUAACACUGGCGAGACUAGAGCAAAAGAACUCACUGCUCUUAACUGUUUAGUAUUUAGCCGGCCACUGGCAGGCCUGCACCAAAUAUGGCAGAAGGAGAUAGUUCCUGUGCCCAGAUAAAAGGGAGCGGGCCCAGGGGUGGAGCCAGAACCCUGAUCAGAGUAAACACGAGAGCCGGAGAGGGGGGGUCCGUAGCCGGUACAUGGAGCCAAGCAGACGGGUCACUUCACUUGUUUCUGGGAAGUCUGCUUCAGGUUAUCCUUAACCGUUUCAAACCUCAACCCACUUUCUGCACAAGAAUCCCCAAGGGCCACUUACUCCAUUUGAUUUUCUCGCAGCCUCCCGUGUCCCCCCAAAAAAGGGGGGGGGGGUGCAAAUGACACUAUGCCUUUAAAGUGGUUUCUGUUCGCAAUCUCCAUUUGGAGUCUGUAGUGGGCAACGGUUAGGAAAUUCCCACUUCUCUCCGAGUCUUCUCUUUUCCUUCUGGUCAAUCGAAAGGGAGGAAAGCAGAAAAAAAUAAAAAAAAAUCACACUGUGGGGGGUGCCGGUCUCCCUGGACUGAUAGUGGAGAGUGUGUGAGGACUUUAUGUGUUUAGACUUUUGUGUGAGUGUGUGUGUGUGUGUGUGUGUGAGAGAGAGAGAGACAGAGAGGGAGGGAGAGAGAGAGUAGUUUACAAACUGGUCACAAGGUGGUGUACAGGCAUCGGAUUUUCUUUCAGAUUUUCAUUCAUGGUUGUAUCCCUGUGCCUUUGUACAGAGGGAAAGGACAAGGCCGUUCCUGCAUCGCCAGCUGCCAGCUGCACUGUCUCCCCAGUGUGCUCAGCUGUGAGGUACCGGAAUGUUCCUUGAUGGGGGAGACUGUUAUCAGUAGACGCCGUAGGCAAAGCUGCUAAGUGCCCGAGGUUGGGUCCAUGUAGGAUGCCCCCAAACCCAAGCCGACAAAAAACCCACGGAAACACAAUAUGGCGUUAUGCUUGAAGUCUGGGCCGUCAGAAGUAAUCCACACAAAGCCAAUGUCAGGAUAUGCCACGAAUACAGUAUGCUCUACCGAGCGAAAAAUCAGACAUUUCCUGUGAUCGCGUCGUUCCAGCUUCUGCAUUUUCAAAAGCCACAUUCUUAGGAUGGUAGCUAAGUCGGAACGUUGUUGAUUAAAAUUAGCCCGAGAAACAAACACAGAGACAUCACACACACCAGACCGUCAGACUUCUGCCAGCCACAACUAUUCAGAACAUACUCGAGAACCCCAGAAGGAAUCCAAAAGGUCUCUAAGUUGGAAGCAAAUAGUUCUCACGAAGCCUGUGUACUUGACGUAGGAGGGGAGGCACAGUGCCACUUGCAUGCCACAGCCUAUUUACUGACUUUGAAUUUUCAUAGAAGACUCCCAAGGACUCCUUAACAAGUCUGGAUAUUCAGCUUCCUUUCAAGACAUUUUUGCUUGUCUUGGGUUUUCGGUAGAAAAAAGAUGAAAAGAACUCUUCCACCCAUGCGGCCAGAAAGCACUAACUAAAGCAUGGUUGAAAUGAGUGUGAAAAUUGCCAAAAUGCUUUGGAGUUUUUAACUAACUGACUUAAGAAAAGUCCAAAAUAGAUUUGAGACUGUAAAAACAGAAGCUGCAGCAAGGGGGAUUCAGUGCCAAUGCAUCAACAAAAAAGACAGCCAGAGUUAGUGGAAGGAAAUCUUCCUGUUUUUGUGUUUCCCACGGAGCUAAUAUUUUAUGCAGAUGACCAGUCAACACAUAAGCAAGUGUUGACUCUGUAUAAUCCCUAUGAGUUUGCCUUAAAGUUCAAAGUUUUGUGUACUACUCCAAAUAAGUAUGUUGUCGUCGAUGCUGCAGGUGCAGUAAAGCCUCAGUGUUGUGUGGAUAUUGUGAUUCGUCAUAGAGACGUUCGAUCCUGUCACUAUGGUGUAACGGACAAAUUCCGUCUCCAAGUUUCCGAGCAAAGCCAGAGGAAGGCUUUAGGAAGGAAAGAGGUUGUGGCUACUCUUCUCCCGUCUGCAAAAGAACAACAAAAGGAAGAAGAGGAAAAAAGGAUAAAGGAACAUUUAACUGAAAGUUUAUUUUUUGAGCAGUCCUUUCAACCAGAAAACAGAACUGUCUCUUCAGGACCUAGUUUACUAACUGUCUUCCUGGGAGUGGUGUGCAUUGCGGCUUUGAUGCUUCCUACGCUGGGGGAUGUGGAAUCGCUGGUGCCUCUCUACCUCCACUUAAGUGUGAAUCAAAAAUUAGUGGCUGCUUAUAUCUUAGGUCUUAUCACAAUGGCCAUACUUAGAACAUGAGCAAGGAAUUCAGUUGACUUCUGAAGUAAAUUUAUCUUGCAAAUAUGAAUGUGGACUGCCUUUUAUCUCUUUCACUCCAUUAACAUGCUACAAACUAUUGAGUGAUUUACAAUAAUUGCAAAUGUAUAAUUGCAAACGUAUAAUAUAUAUUUUAAAUUACUCUAUAAUUUUAUUUGAAGGACUCUAGCACAUUAUGAUACAGACAGCAAGGAUGCCUCUGAAUUACGCCUAGGAAAUUAUUUGAAAAAAUUCUUUUUAUAUCUAAACCGAUUAUGCAAAAGACUUUAACCAUCUGUUAUUUUCUCAUCUUUUUUUCUAAUUUACUUUGAUUAAGGUCGUAUGUCCUUCACAGUUAAAGGCCUGAAAGAGCAAACUGACCAGCUUAAAUGUAAAAUGACAUUUCCUAACUACAAACAUCAAUGUUCCUAUGUAAAUUAUACCUUGUCCUCUCAUUAUAAACAGUUGCCAUGGUGUUUCUAAAAUAAGUUUCACGGUUAAUGUGUGGAGGGCACCAAGAGAAAAAACAUAAAGUGCUGAGGGAUCAUGCUUAUCCUAUCCUAGGAUCUCACAGGAGACCAGACAUAUUUCAUUCAUCUGGUGAACUACAGCACAGGUUGUGGUCCAGACACAAAGCAUGUGGGGGUUUUUGCAACCCUCAGAAUUAGGGUGACUUCUCUAUUUGGCCUAAGAAUUCUAAAGGAAGGUAGGCAUUUGUUUAGUUAAUUGGUUCACCCUGCCUUUACCUCUGGAUAAUGCUUUCUGUUAACAGGAGGAAAAAAAUCACUUUAUCAUUUCUUCCUAGCCCUUUGCCUGACUGUAAGCAACUAGCCCAGUCUGGGGUUACCAGAUGCCGGGUGGUUUAUAUGGAGAUGUUUUUCACCUUUAAACUCCAAGCCAAGUAUACAAAAUCCUUGAUACGUGUCUAUUUUAUAACAGUCACGGAGCUAUUUUUUAAGUUUGUAUUUAUUAAAACAACUUUACCAAAAAAAAAAAAAGCCCCUAAAGCACAACUAUUUACAUUUCUUUGUAGCGUCUCUGAUCUUUAACCAUAUAUAUGCAAUUUGAACUGUUCUUAUCAUAAUAACUGAUCUUUUGACUUAGGGUUUUUUUUUUUUUUUUAAGUUUAUUUAUUUAUUGCGAGAGAGAGUGUGCACGCGAGCAGGGGAGGGGCAGAGAGGGAGAAAGAGAAUCCGGAGCAGGCUCCGUGCUGUCAGCGCAGAGCCCAACGCGGGGCUCGAACCCACGAACUGUGAGAUCAUGACCUGAGCCGAAAUCAAGAGUCGGACACUUAACCAGCUGAGCCACCCAGGCGCCCCUUGACUUAGGAUUUUUAUCUGAGAGCACAAUGCCUUGAGUCUCUUGAAAAUCAUCUUUCAGAUCUUUUUACAGAACAAACUUCUGCACCUGCUACUGUAGUAUUCUCAAGGAACGUACAUAAACACAAAAUGUAUGCCUGAGGUUGGUUUUUGCAGGAAAUAGUACUUUGCUUCUAAAGUAAAAGCUACGUAUACUCUUUCAGAGAAAAUCUUCACUGUUUAACCAUUUGGGGAAGAUAAAUCAUUAAAUGGAUCAUGUCUGGACAUUGUGUAAUGACUGAAAAGCACAUAAAUGUAAUCUAUUUUGAACUUUGUAAAAAAAAUUAUGUUUGGAGGCUAUCCUUGUUUCUCUGUCCCUUUCAAGUCCUCUGUGUGUAUGUGUGUGUGUGCACGUGUGUGCAUCCGCGCAUGCGUGCGUCUGUGUGCAAGCGCACACGUGUGUGUGAGAUAACCCGUUGUAAAGGACAAAAAUUACUUUUAAAAAAUAAAAGAAAAUGGAGACCUCCUGAGUUUCA